AUGCCUAUCGAAGUUCGGAGCAGUGGGCAAUGGGUAGGCUCCCAAGUGAUCCAAAGUUAUUUACAAUUGAAAUUCACCAUGGGGGAUGUACAAGAUGAUGUGAACAUUGCUGAUGAUGCCGAUGAUGAAGCUGAAGAGGAAGAUGAAGAGCAGCAAGUAGAUGAGGAAGAUGAGGAGCAGCAGGUAGAUGAGGAAGAUGAGGAGCAGCAAGUAGAUGAGGAAGAAGAUGUAAAUGUUGAUGGAGAGGAUGAUGAUGAAGAGCACCUGCAGUUCAUAGAUAGUGACUACGAGCAAACAGAUGAAGAACAAGAGAAACAAAAGGGAGUAGAAGAUGACAGGUGGUUUGAUAGGCAUGUAGUGGAUGAAGCUGCUGAAGAACCACAGAGAGAACCCGGUGAUGUUCCAAGUGAUGACUACAAUUUAGAGGACCUUCUAAGUGUUUCAAAAGAGGAAGAUGAAGUUGAUGAAAAUACAGGUGUGAAAAAGGGUAGUCGCAGAAGAAAAGCUCAUAGGUUCAAGCAAUUCAAAAGGGAUACUGAUUUAUUUAAUCCAAUAUUUCAUAUUGGAAUGGAGUUUGCUAACAUGGAACAAUGUAGGGAGGCCAUAAGAUUCUAUGCAGUUUCAAGUGCUAGGCCACUGAGAUGGGUCAAGAAUGACCCUCACAGGGUUAGGGUGGUGGAAGUGGAGGAAAGGCUGAAAAAAAAGGGUUUAGGAAAAAUGGAGAAAAAAAAAUAG